AUCAUAAAAGAAUUAUUUGCAAGUUUUAUUCCAAUGUAUUAAUUAGGCAAUGACAAUUAAACAUUCGUAAUCCCUAGUCGAUAUUGUUCUAUAUUCGAGCAACAUUAGCAUCGUGAGAAAUCGUGUUAACGAACAAAAAUGUAUCUUGUUAUCUCGAAAUAGAUAAGCUGUACUCAUACACUCAUUUAUCCAUAUCUCUUAUCAAAGGUGUGAUUCAGUACGCAUUACGUAGACACUGCAGUAUAGUUAAUUGCGAGAGCGACUUGGUAUUCUUUCUUUUUUUCAACGUGUAUCGAUAUUCUUUCCCAGAGAAAUGUAUUCGAAAAAGCUUGUGUGCUACCUAACUAUCGGUUUACUUCUGAUGGGGAUAUUCUUGGAAGAAGUCGAAGCGAGACGCAAAAUUUUGAGGGGUCGUAAGACAAUAACCAGACGUUAUUACAGAGGUACAGCUAUACCAGCUUGGGCCAUAAUUGUUUUGACAGGGUUCGGCAUGUUACUGCUCGGUGGUGGACUUUACGUUUUAUUGCAAAAAUUCGUGGUCGACGCCGCUGACACUGUGGACACUCACACCUAUCAACCCGCGUUGCAGCUCGAAAGUUAAAUCGAUUUGCGAUGACAUACUCUGCCAAGAGAAAAAUAAUCCUUACCUCUUUACCCACAUUAUAUAUUAUCAGGCGAUAUAAAAGUGUUUGAGAUACUGCUU